ACUGUGGGCUAAAAGGUCUAAGGCAGCAAGCAGUAAGACCUCCGGGACACAACUGUUUUUCUUAAAGUCCACAAAGAGGUUAAAAGCCAGUGUUUUGGUGCAGAUGCCACCUUUAUCAGGACACAACUAUAACAGGUAUAAAGAGACCUACAGUAUAUAUGAUGCAAUACGGCUGGGUUAUUGACAGCUUUCUAACCAUCGAUGCACUGCUGUCUGAACGCUACGAUUAAUCGAUGAAUCAAUCAAUGCUUAAAACAAAAGGGCCUAUGGAUACAACUCAAUUAUAUCAUGAACUCUUAAUCUUAACAUUCCUCUAAGAUGGCAGUAUUGUAUUCCUCACUCUGUAUUAACUAUAUAUACUGUAUAUCUUGCUCUCAUCUUGAUAAAAGCACAAUAGCUUGUUGGGUCAGUUGUCUGGUUCCAUACUAAGUUCUCCACAGAAGCCAGUGGGGUACCUUCUAGAAACGUUUCCAACCAUCUGGUGGGAAUUUUUCUUAUUAUUUUUCAGAAUUUGAUUUUUGAGGAUGUUUCCAGAAUCUCAGUAGCAUUUGUUCCUUCAAACUAUUUUUUUUUUUCCUUUGUCAAAGUUUUAUUUUGACAUUAGUUGAUGGUUGGAUCAUUCUACUCUACAUAAAGUACAGCACUCCACACAUUAAGAAAGUCUCACAUAUGUACUGUAGUACAUUGUAGUGUACUAGUGUGGUAUCUACUAUACAUCCCUAAAAGUAGAAAUAUUUUUCUGAACAGCACAAACAUGUACUGUAAUUGGUUUUGAUAGAGUUUUUACUUCCAUGCUGUGAACUGUGAGGUCCUGUACGGUUUCUCUUACAUAAUACAUGUCACAUGGGCUUUAUAUAAGGUUUACGAAGGGAUAAGUAAUCAUACAAGAAACUGCAAAUCAUUUUGUCUUCUAAAUUUACAUGACAAACAAAAUUCACAACAAUAGUUACAGUAAGCCUCCUGAUCAAGGUAUUUUUGAACAUGUUAAAACUUGGCUUUUACUAAGUCAUUUAAGUGCCACAUUAUUAAUUACUGUGUUACAAACAUGUAGUAGGACAUGAAAUAUUAGAAUCUGUCCUAUUUUUAUGCCAACAAUUUAUAUAUUACAGCAUGUUCAUCGCAUGUUGUAAAAGGUCUGUUUUCUAUUUCUUCUUUGUCUUUUUUUCUUGUGAUGAGGAAUUAGAUUAAAACAUUUUCCUGUAUGUUCAUUUCACUGUGUAUUUCUUUGUUCUAAUUAUUCGAUUCUAAAAUUGGAGGCCGUUUGUAUACUUUUGUAUGUGAGAUGCAUGCUGAGAAGGUAAUUAUUGUUUAAAGGUCUCUGUGCAUGAUAUUUAUGUCCUCACAAGGGUAUGUCUGCACCAAACAUUGGCUUUUAACCUAUUCUUAUAGGGUUCAGGAUAAAAACAAAAUGUUGAGAGGGUUUAGUCUUUGCUCAUUUUUAUUAUAUUUUUCUCUUUCCGACACGCUUUUGUUAGCUUUAUGUGGAACUUGGGUAUGGCAUGUUUUGCAUGACCGCAUGUACAACAUGAGGUGUAUGUACACACCUGAAGAAAUCUCCACGGCCGAAAUGUCUCUGUUCUUCUUAUUUCUUUUCAGCACGGAAUGAACCUUUAUGUAUGUGUACGUAAGCACGUGUUUUGUGGGGAGCUUCCACACUCUGGGUCCUCUGGAUCGAAAGCUGAACCUCCUGUGUGAAGUGCAGAGACGGGAUCGUGAUGGUUUCUUGGCCUCCUUCAAGCUGCCGUCCUACGAAGAGGUUGCGGCCCGGCCCAACACACCCCCGCCUCCCUACAGCACGGUUUUUGCCCUGCAGGGGGGCCAGUACGCCCAGGCGGGGCCCAGCGGCAUGACGUCGUCCCAGAGCUCCGACAACUACACCAGCUGCUCCUGCGAGUCCUGCUCCGCCUCCUCCCCCAGCAGCACCUCCUUCUCCGUCCAGGUCACCGACGAGACCGACACCAGCCACGCCAGCACGCCCAGCGAGGCGGCAGACUCCCGGCCGCCCAGCACCGACUCCCCCGGGGCCGGGGCAGAGCCGGUCUGCCCCGGGGCGAGCCAGUCUCCUCCCAAGCACGCCCUCUUCUCCUCCAACGUGGACGUCUUCGAGCCGGCGGGGGGCGCCUCGGAUGCGGAGGACGAGGACGAGGCAGAGGCUGACGAGGGCCACUACCGUCACCGCCGGCUCACCGGGGACUCGGGCAUCGAGGUGUGCCGCUGCCAGGUGGAGAGCGAGGACGAGGAGGAGGAGGAGGAAGAGGAGGGGGAGCAGGAGGGGAGGGGAGAGGCGGGGGCCAAGGACGCCGCGAGCUUCCUUCACGACAGCGUGGACUGCACCAACAGAACCCAGGCCCCCCAGCCGCCGCAGCACUGCCAGCCCGGCGACCCGGUCCCCGAGGAGCAUGCCAGCUUGUGUGCCAGCGCCGCCGCUGCCCUGCAGCUCAGCCGGGAGUCCGUCAUCACUGUGGAGUCCGUGUGAAGCCAGAGCGGACAGGGCAAGAGGAAAACAAGCAAACGGGGGGGGGAAGAAAAAACAGAAGAAGAGGAACACAAAGUAUUCCGAGGUGGGAAAAACGAGUUGGAAUCCCGAUAUCGCCCUUUGAGGGGGUGGGAGGGGGGGGGGGAUGUGACACUGACGGCAAUAUUUUCUCACUCGCCCAUCUGAGCUUCGAAAACCCAAGCGCUGGGGACGUCCCGUGGGUGUGACCGAACCUGUGUGGACGGCGAGCGCGAAGACGAGUUGAGGCGAGAGCGACAGGACGGGGAAAGACGAGUGCGCCCGUUUCCCUCUCGCCUGGAAGAACACAAGUCGCGCAACAAAAGAGUCGUUUCUCUUUCGAAAACAAAGCAGCGGUAAAAACCGCUCCUUGGUUUGGCCUUGGCGAUCCGAAGUCGCGCAUAAAGCAUAGCACCCAGCUGCUGGUGCGACCAUGAAGUCAGCAUACAUUUUAUACCUCCCCUUCUUGUUGACUGAGCGGCUCACACAUCUGCCGUUUUGUACGCCUCUGUUUUGAAAAGACGUGCACUCACACCCCCCUUAAUUAUCCUCACGGGCUUGACAGGCUUCUGCAUCUCAUCAGCAGCGGAUGGGUGGGAAGUCGCUGCUGCUCGCUAACCAGCCUGAUGUAACAAGAACCCGCUUAACGACUUGGAUUCGUUGUUGCGCCGUUGAUUUCUGAUGCUGCUUGAACCAUGUGUCAAUUCAAAGGCAAUAAUACAUUUGUCUCUGUCCCGUUAUGCUGUCAAGCUGGUACUGGGGUCCCUUUUAGAAGACACUCGAAACGAAUCGCGUGAAACGCUAGUCCACCCACUCCGUCGUGGUGAUCUUCUUUCUUCUGGCCUCUUGACCUUAAAGAGGAGACUGUGAAAGAGGGUUGUCUUUAUAACGUAGUGUGUAAAGAUGUAUGUGAUCGAAUCCCUCGGGCAGAAGCGCGAGUUCAGCGCCCAACUGAUUCUGGGCGUUUUCUCUUAAAAACCCUCCCCCCACCGUGAAGGGGGUCCGCCAGCUUCACAAGAGCCGUGCCCAGACUUCACCCUCCAACGAGUUGGGGGUGUUGUGAAAGCCCACCCGAAGGUCCCCUCCCUCACCAGAGAUGUUGAAUGUAAACCUUCAUUGCAUCGGACUUGCGGGCGUUAUUUACUCUUCAUCAAAUAAGUUAGCACCUCUACGAACGCCUCUACGAAGUGUUUCCUCGCACACAGACUUCCGGCCGAACCCGAGUCGGCAGUAUGAGCUGUUUAAACAAGCAAUGAAAGUCCUGCACUGAAAGGAGGCAUUUUCUCACACUUCGGGAGUAUGGUACUGUAUUUGAGCCAGGAGCAGAUCGUAGGUUUUUUCCUAGAGAUCAUGGACUGAAUGCCAUUGCUGAGAAAGACGCCACAUCAUAUGUGAGCUAAAGAAUUCUUCUUUUGAAGAUAUACUCAGUACAAAAAAGAGCAUGUGGCUUAAAGUAUCUGUAUUACAUAUAACAAAAAGACACUAAUUAAAAUUGGGGAUUAUUUUCUUCCCUA